AUGGAGGAAAUACUUGGCCAGGCAAUGUUACCACCAUUAUAUUUUAAGAAAUUCCUCUCAGAUUAUAAGAAAAUGUUUCAAGGAUCAUAUACGUUACCACCUGAAGAUGUUGAUUUACAAAAAAUUUUAAAUCUGAACGAUGAACGUUUCAAAACAAUCGAGGAAGAAUGUUCAUUGGAAAAUUUAGAACAUGAAGAUGAUGCUAGAAUUGCCGAAUUUAUACCAGGAUUUUCAGAGAUAAAACGUGUGUUAAAUUUAAAUGCAGUGAUAAAAGAAAUAACCUUGAAAUCAUAUACAACGGCCAUGAAAUGUAAACAACCGAGAAAAUAUACUAAUCCGUUUAAGAGAUGUCCAGAGUUAUAUUAUAACUUUUGGGUGCCACUAAAAGAUAAUGUAUCCAAUUCCAUUGAUCUACAACCAGAUCAAGAACUUAAAAUUACUAUACGCCUAUAUAGACCAGCACGUGUUACACACGCCGGUCGCACAAUCGAACGUCCUGUUUUUUCACAAGAAGUUGAAUGUCUGGGAUCAAAUUUGUUAAGCGAAUUAAGAGACAAAAUCUCUUGUACUUGCAAUAAUAAACGUUUCUUUGAUAUCAGUGAAAAUCCCGAAGCACCUUUACCAACAAAAGAAACCGAUCCAGGAUAUUUUUUUAUAACUGAUACAUUUUAUAAUGACAAACGGAAUCCCUUAAAUGCCGAUUACUCGGAAAAUGUACGAAAUUGGGCUAAAAAGGCAAAAGGUUUAAGCAGUUUAGAUUUCAAAGUAGCACGAAUGGAAGAUACUCGCAUGAUUGAUUUAACAGCAAGUAUGGGAUUUCCACAACUCUAUCAACAUCAUGGCAAUUGUGAACAUGUUUUUGUCUUCUCGCAAUUGGAAGUUAUCACAAAUCCGGCGAAACAGCUUCUCGAGCUGCAUAAUUAUCCUCACAUGAAGUCGGUGAAUCGUUUUACAGCACGAGCAUGUCAAAUCUGUAGUAAAGUAAAUUAUGUAUUUGUUGUGGAGGGCAGCAAUCGUCUGCUAAAUGAUCCGGCAUAUUUAUGCCGUAAAUGUUUUAUGUCAUACUAUUAUAUAGAUGGUAAAAAAGUUGGAGAAUUUCGCGCAUAUCGUUUAAAUGACGAUGAGACGCUUAAUGCUGCGGAUCGCACAGAAGAAAGUUACGUUUCGGAAACGAACACUGAUGACGACAAUGAGGAUGAGGUGGAGGCAAAUGCUAUGGAUAGUAUAUUGAAUGAUUCCGAUGAAGCAGGAGAUAUGGAAAAUGAUGUAAUCGUCAAAGAGGAAGUAGUAAAGUUAAAGGAAGAAAAAUAA